CAUCUGUAUGGCAACGCUUGUAAGACUUUUGUUUAUGCGGCUAUUAUUUUCCGGAAAGUUUUAUGUUAUUGGAACAGCAUAAGGAAAUAUAUAUUGGAUUAAUAAAAUUCAGUGAAUUCUAAAAUGUCUGACAACAUCGAAAUGAACACAAAAGAUACAAGCACUGCUGGAACAAUAUCUAGUAAAAAGGCACAGGAUAUAAUCAAUGUAGAGAAAAAUGGCGAAGGGGUGAAUACGCAUGUGGAAGAGGCCGAAAUCAUAAAUGAAAAUAUUGGUGAGAAAAUAAGUUGUAUCAGUGAUGCAAUGGAAACAGCAAAUGAGAAAACUUUGGUAGAAGUUAUAGAAACAAUAGAAGGAAAUGCAGGAGAAAUGACAAGAUCAACGCCCGAAGGUGUAAAUUCGAAUCCCGAAGAAAUGCACUACGAAGAUGCAUCCGAAGUAACGGAAGAAUCAAAUACGGCAUCUAUUAAAGAAAACAAGCAACAAAAUAAGUCUAUUAAUAUGGAAGUAGAGAAUGAAGCAACUGAACAUGUAGACAACCCUUCUCCGUAUAUCGGUGCAAGUAACUUGCCAAAUUGUUCAGAAAAAGAAAUAGAUGCACCAUUGACCGAAUUGUCGUUAACAAAAGAAAUAGUGAGUGAUAGUCCAGUAGAACCAAUGGAAACAGACAAAGAUAUACUAACAAAAUCUGGAAGUAUGGAUACCAAAUCAACGGAUGUAUUUGAAGGAAACGACGAUAGUCAAGAAUCAUUGCCUCUUGUAAUCGAUGAAAAACCAAUUGAAACUCCUACAAAAUCGUGCCAAAUAAAAAAUUCCGAGGAUGACGAAAAAGACCACAAAGGAACUGCAAAAGAUGCCAUUGAAAUACCUUCUGAGACACAAAUUGAGUCUUGUCAUCAGGCGGUAAAGAACUGCGAGUCCACACUUGAAAAUGUUAUUGAAAUAGACGAUGAUAUUGAAGAAACAAAACCACAAGAAGAGGACCUAGAUGUAGAAAUUACAGAGACAAGAAGUGCAUCCUACAUUCCAGUCAUUGAAAUAGACGACGAUGAUGAUGAAGAACCUCACGGAAGUAAUGUGGUACAAAAAAAUGAACUAAAUGAAGAAAAGGGUGACCCCUCUACUACAUUAGAAACGUCUCCCACUGUUGCCGAAAAUAUUAGUGACAAAAUCGUUCCAGAAGAAAGAGCCAACGAAACAAACGAGAAUACCCAAAUGGAAGAUGCAUCUGCUAAGGAAUCAAGUACUGAGAAACCAGAGUUGUUAACAGAAACUGCAAUACAACCACAAAACGAAAAGCAAACAAUAUCCGACGCAGAUGAAAGCGCGCCCAAAGACACCUCUGAUGAAAUAUUUUACAACCAAGAAUGUAUUAACCAUGAUUGUCCACAUAAUCAUAAGCAAUUUUUCCUAGCACCGCAGUUCGCUUUAAGUCACUUUAAAGUAAAGAAAAGGCGUACCCAAAAGCAAUACGUGUGCACAGAAUGUUAUGACAGCGCUCUCGACGUUUAUGAGGAUUACUGUAGUAUAUUAAAAACAAAACAACCUUUACUUUUAAAAAAUAUCACCGUGCAAGGACCCGAGUUUGUGGAAAUUACAGACAGCAGUGAGGAUGAGGAAGAAGCGCAUACAACAACACAGACUCCAAUAACAAAAAGUUCAUUUUCUAAAGUGGAUUUGGACCUGAUUGAAGCAGAAUUGGAGAGCUCUAUUAAAAAUGUACUUGAGAAUUUGGAAAUUCAAAAUCAAUUAACUUGGUCAAAGACAAUUUUAACAACGCGUGCUCGCAGACUAGAGGAAGAAUCAAAUUUAAAUGAUGAAUUGUUGCGCUCAUUGCAGAGGAAAGCGGAUCAAAUGUACAGCUCACUUUAUCAAUGUCCAAAAAUACGCUUACGACAGUUUCAGCCUUUAGAUUUGAAUACAGGCUUACCUUACACUUUUCCUGAAGUAACUCCUUGCCCGCCAACUGGGGAAAUAAUGCGUCCGCCUAUAGAAAUCAAUCAAAUAUAUUAUGCAGUGAAAAACAAAGCAAUAGCUAGCUGGGUGCCUUGUAAGGUGGUUGAGCAGGUGGAACCCAGCGUAGUUAUAGGUGCACACUCUAAGGUGCCUCAUUAUAAAGUUAAAUUUAUGAAACUACAGUAUCAAAUGGUGAAAACAGUCUCAGCAAAGCAUUUAGCCUACUAUGAUCCACCUAAAUUUCGGCUUCCAAUUGGAUCACGUGUAAUUGCUUACUUCGAUGCCACUUCCUUAUCGCGAGGCAAAGAAAAGAUGAUGAUACAAAGUGCUUUCUAUCCAGGAAUUAUUGCUGAGCCUUUAAAACCAAACAAUAAUUACAGGUAUUUGAUAUUCUAUGACGAUGGUUACACUCAGUAUGUGUCACACAAGGAUGUUCGUUUAGUGUGUAACGUUUCCGAACAUGUUUGGGAAGAUGUUCAUCCAGCAUCUCGUGAAUUUAUACAGAAAUAUCUAACUCAGUAUUCAAUAAAUCGACCGAUGGUGCAGACACAGAAAGGACAAAGCAUGACCACAGAAUCGAAUGGCAAAUGGAUUUACGCGCGUGUCGUAGAUAUUGAUUGUAGUUUAAUACAAAUGCAAUUUGAAGGCCCCAAAAGUCAUACAGAAUGGAUAUACCGUGGAUCUUUGCGACUAGGCCCUGUAUUUAAAGAGUACCAGAAAACACUACAAAAGGAUACGCUACCCAUACCUCGCUUAGCCAGGCGAACUGAACCAUUCAUACGGUACACCGCUGAUGAAGAAGCAACAACAGCACAGCAACAACAAGCGCAGGAGCUUGAGCGUGCGUCUUCUACUGAGCCACGCGCUGUUGCCAAAAAGAGCGUUAGCCGUUUGUCAUCAGACCCAACAUCAUUAAUAACUAAUACACAAUCUGCAACACCUUCAGUACCAACAGUGCGGCAUUUGAACAACUCUACUAUUUAUCUUGAAGAUGAAAACAAACCAAAAGGAAAAGUUGUAUACUACACCGCCAAAAGAGAUUUACCUCCAUUAACCUAUCGCCCACACAAGUGCUCAUCUUCAUGUCUAUUUAAAAUACCACAUAAUCUUAGCGCCUACAGCCCACUGUCGAAACCCUUACUUUCAGGUUGGGAACGUCCAAUAUUGCGUUUAAAGAACAAAAAAAUAGUUGCCUAUCGUGGACCAUGUGGCAAAAUUAUGCGUAACAUGGAAGAAGUGCGUCGGUACCUUCGUGCAACAAAUAAUAUACUGAAUGUGGAUAACUUUGACUUCCACCAUGAAACCAGCUGUUUGGCGGAAUAUGUAAUUGAAUCAGCGAUAGUUCAAAAGCGUGAUAUAUCCGGCGGUCAGGAGCGAAUGGCUAUACCAUUAGUUAAUUACUACGACAAUACUUUGCCACCCGAGUGUAAAUACGCAGCCCAACGUAUACCUACUGAUGGAGUAAAUAUAAAUCUUGAUCCAGAGUUUUUGGUUGGUUGCGACUGUGAGGGGGAUUGUUCGGACAAGGAGAAAUGCUCUUGUUGGCAACUAACUUAUGCAGGCGCCAAAUAUGGCAAUCCAAACACACCAAUGGAAGAAAUUGGUUACCAAUACAAACGUUUAUAUGAACAUGUUCCAACGGGAAUUUACGAAUGCAACUCGAGAUGUAAGUGCAAAUCCAAUUGCUUAAAUCGUGUAGCACAACAGCCAUUAGCUAUGAAGUUACAAGUAUUUAAAACAUCAAACCGUGGAUGGGGCUUGCGUUGCAUAAAUGAUGUGCCCAGAGGGAGUUUUGUGUGCAUUUAUGCUGGCCACUUAUUAACUGAAGCAAAAGCAAAUGAAGGUGGUCUAGACGCCGGUGAUGAAUAUUUUGCAGAACUGGAUUACAUAGAAGUGGCCGAACAAAUUAAAGAGGGAUACGAGUCAGAUGUUGAGCCACCGGAGGUUGAAGAAGAGGAGGAUAUUUAUGCACCAGACCCAGAAGAUGAUGACGAAUUUACUCCUAGUAAAUCAUUUUUAACUCGCGCCAAAAACAAAGCACAAAAGCUUACACGUAGCAGUUCGUGUCAAAACACUGAUGAAGAUUCACAGGAGCGUCAAGUAAUCAAUUUCAAUCCAAAUGCGGACAUGAACGAAGACUCAACACGAGAAUCCUCCAUACGUAGUCUAUUUGGAAAGGAUGAGGCUUGUUAUGUGAUGGAUGCGAAAAUAACAGGAAAUCUUGGUCGUUACUUCAACCAUUCGUGUUCUCCUAAUUUGUUUGUCCAAAACGUUUUCGUUGACACACAUGAUUUGCGCUUUCCUUGGGUGGCAUUCUUUUCUUCCACGAACAUUCGGGCUGGCACGGAGUUAACUUGGAAUUAUAAUUAUGAGGUUGGUGUUGUACCCGGGAAGGUUUUAUAUUGUCAAUGUGGUGCACCAAAUUGUCGGUUGCGACUACUUUAAAAAAGACAUACCAUUAAUUAUAGAGGAAAUCGUUCUUUAUGUGGAAAAAUAAAAAAAAAUUGAAGAUCAUUUUUCAGCAUUUGCUUCUGUACUCUUAUGCCAUGAUACAAUAAAAAAAGUGAUUCCAUUGUAA